AUGUCUACUGAAGGAGUAGAUCUAGGUUGGAUUGCUGCAUUUCUCAGAGAAUUGUCUGAAGAUAUUGAUGCUGAAGUGGUUGGUGAAUAUAUAUCUGGGUUGCUAACUGUAUCUCACGAUCAGUCAGGAACAUUGUCUGAGGAAAUUCAAGAGUUACUCUCUGCAUACCUUUCUCCUGAAAAGUCAAAGAAUGCAGCCGAUGAAAUUGUAUCCAGAUAUGCUAGACUAAUAUCAGCAGUAGAGAAUACUGUCACAUGUACAGAUGAAAUUAAGUCUGUUGAAGAUCAAAUGAGAAAUCUAAUGAAAGCUGAUUGUACACGUGUCAUGGAAUCGCCAACAAUAAAAACUGCCCCUCUGAUCGAGAUCCCUGUACUAUAG